AUGUACAGCAAUCUCAUCAGCUCUAGUCAAAUGACUCUGAAAAGGGAAUCCAGUAUUAAUGUGAUGGAAUAGAAUGAUAUGGUACUAAUUUUAGAGCCUAAAACAUUAUUCUAAUGCUUAUCGACAUUACUAUUUUAAACGGACAUUUAUCAAUUAUAAAUACAAACCUUAUGUUUACAAUAAUUUAAAUAACAUCAUAAAACAUUGAAUAAUGUGAGUUCCUUAGCUGAAUACAUAAUAAAUUAGCAAUCUGAGCAGUUUGAAUAUGUAAAAAGUUUUAAAUGAUGAUAGCUCAAUUUAGAGAUGAUUUCUUAGAUUUUUAAGGUGAAGAUUGAAUUGUACUUUAUUGAUGAUGGUCUCUUGUCGAUGAUAAUAAAUCAUGGGUACACGAAGACCAUAAGGAUAUUUAAGGAGGAUUACAAUUAUUAUGAAUUAUAGACAAAUUCGUAUAGGAAGAAGUUUAAGUUCAUAAAGAAGAUAAUAGAUCAAACAAUCAAUUCAUUUCUAUAGAUAAACAAUACAGUCUUAUACAAUAGACCUCUGUCGGAGGAGGGCAGUCAGAAACUGCAUCCAUCUCUGAAUGUAGUGCUUUCGAUGAAUGACUUAGGAAAUAUUGGAUUGAGUGUCCAAAGUGCAAAAACCUAGAAAAUUGAUAAAUAGUAUCAAUCUCAAACUCUCACACCACAAUUAUAAAAAAUUAUGAAUGUUAACUAAUAUUCAGCUAAAUCGCCGCAUGCUCCCAUAACUCUAAGGACUUCAUAAAAAAGCAACAGUGUCUUUAAUUUUCAAGGUAGUUAAGUGUAAUAAAUUAUAGAGGAACAUGAGGACACAUUAUUUCUAUAAAAUAUUAUCACGUAUGCAUAAUCCUAUAUACCUUUAGGAAAACCUACUAGAAUCCACAAUAGACACAGCAAUAAAUUAUUGCAAGCCAACCUGAAAGGGUAAUUGGAUACUUGAAAUUCUAUAAUGAAAGCAAACAGUACGGUUUUUUUUUGGAUGAUAAAAACAACAAGGACAUAUUUGUUCAUCAAGAUGAUUUUAAAAAGUCUUGUGUAGAUCCAGAGUGUUAUAAAAAAAAGAGGAAAGGAUUGGUUCCUUACUUUAGUUUUCAAGUUAUCAUGUAUUAGGGAAAGAACCAACCAAAUGUCAAGGCUAUUGAUAUUAAGUUUGAAAGAUUUGAUUAAUAAAAAUGA